GAGACAAAUUUGUUGUUGGUUUCAAACUCAGAGUUCACUACUUUAAGUUUCCUUGUCGAAACAAAUCGUGGAUUUAAACAAGCUCGAAGAUGUCAUAAGGUUCCUUUAUUGCAGUCAAGAUGUCCUACGAUGACGGUGUUAUAGCUACAAAUGAUGAUGCUGCAAGCUGCAAAAGAUUUGCAGUUAACAAAGGCUAUUGGAAAGAUGAUUAUAUUCAAUAUUUUGUAAGGAUGAUGCCUGAAAGAAAAGCACCUGAAAUAAGCAGAGGAUAUUAUGCUAGAGUAGAAGGAAUGAAAAUUCUUCUGACCCAGUUUUUAGAAAUGACAGGCAGGAACUGUCAGGUUGUCAAUCUUGGGGCAGGCUUUGACACAUUAUUUUGGCAACUACAUGCUGAUAAGAUGUUUCCAACACAGGGAUUCUUUGAAGUUGAUCUGAAGCCUGUUGUCACUAGAAAAUGCAUGGCCAUCAAGUCAAGGAGACAGCUUCAUGAUGCUUUCCCAGAAGGGGGUUUAGUUAUUGAAAAUGACGAGGCUCACUCAAGUUUAUAUCACCUGAUUGCUGCUGAUAUUACCAAUGUAGCUCAAAUGGAAGAUAAGCUGCUUAAAGCUGGUUUGAAUCUAAGCAUCCCAACUAUUUUCCUGGCUGAGUGCGUCUUGAUUUAUCUCGACCCAAAAGACAGUAAUGAAAUCCUAGAAUGGGUUGCUAGGCGAUUUGAAACUGCCAUGUUUAUCAACUACCAACCGGUUAAUUUGACAGACCGAUUCGGGCAAGUAAUGCUGGAAAAUUUACAGAGUCGACACUGCACACUCCUUGGAGCUAAAGGCCACCCAACAGUUCAUCACCAGAAAGAAGUAUUUGUCAAGGUUGGCUGGGAAGGAGCAAAAGCCAAAGACAUGAUGGAAGUAUACAGAAAACUGCCGAAGGAAGAUGUCACGCACGUUGAGAAGCUGGAAUUCUUAGAUGAAGUCAACUUACUGCACGAUUUACUGCGACAUUAUUGCAUUUCAUGGGCCUUCAAAGAUAAAAAAAAAUUAGGUUUGGAAGAGAUAACAUUCUGAAAUGCUAUAAUGGAAAAAUCUUGAACUUGACGCUUCUGGAAAAUGAAAAAGCAUACUUUAGGUAUUGGCUAAAACACCUAAGUUUUGUUUACACAUCACAAGGAACCAUUUUGCAUUCAACCUGUUCAUGGAUUAGAAUUUUAAUUCGAUUUGUUUUAUCAUACAACUGUUCAAAAUUUGAUUCUGAAAUAUAAUCUUCUCCAAUAUAAUGGAAUUUAAGUAGAAUUUAAGUGAAAAUAAAAGUGAUACCCCA